AAGUACUGUUUCGAACCAAAACAGCUUACUUAUGAGUUUGAAGAAAGGAGCGUGCUGUGUUUUAUUUGUUUUUUGUCUGAUCAACUUUAUCGAAACAGAAAACUGAAACGUUUAUGUAGAAUAUUCUGAAAAAUUCUUUUCAUUUGUCGUAAUCUAAAAUGGAAUCUAAUUUGAGUAAAAUCCUGAAUACGAACAGACAUCAACUAAAUGGACAACUAUAUAAAUAUACCAAUGUUAUGAAAGGGUGGCAAUACCGAUGGUUUACGGUAGAUGCACAAGCUGGCCUGCUGAGUUACUACCUGUGCGAACCGUCGAAUGAUGAUUCCAAUCCGCAAAUCGUGGGUAACGCUCCCAGAGGCCAAGUCCAUCUGGCUGGUGCUGUUAUCUGUCCCAGUGACGAGGACUCCAAAACAUUCACGGUUAACUGCGCUUCGGGAGAUAUGCUCAAACUGCGGGCAGGGGAUGCACGUGCCCGCCAGGAAUGGGUCGACGGAUUAAGAGCCAUUGUGGAAAGUCACUCGAUAACGGGAGCUUCUUUGGCACCACGCGAUCAGCUGGCAGCUCACGAUGCUUUUGGAGCAGCCCGUCAACAGAUGCAGCAAACGGAGCUCAGCAACGCAGCGUUAGCAAGAGCUAUUGAGAAUGUAGCUAGUCCGUUGAUGCCUACUGAUCCUGACUUGUUACUACUGAAGGCUUUGUCAGCAGCCAACACUCACUGCUUACUCCAAUGCUUCGGUUUAUUACAGCGAAACCAAGACUUAUCGGAUGCUCGAAUAGAACCAGCUUUUUGAAGUGAUAUUUGAGUGUUUUUGUGUUGAUUUGCAUAUUUAAUAGCAUUGCUAACUUUGUCACAUCCAAGGCAUAUAAAUUUAAAAGGGAAUAAAACUUAGCGUACACCACAGCAAUAAGUUGUAUGUACUAUGUGUAUAGCAUCAAACCGAAUACCGACAGUAGGACUAGCGACGCUUUUUUACUAGCGAGAUUUCUGUCAUUCGCAGGUUUGUUAUUCUUUUUUUUAGGUCAAGUAGGCAUUUCAAUGUAUUACUCGAACAUUUUUUACGUUCUUUACUGUAUAUUUUCCCUAGGCCAUCAAUCUCAUGCUUGAAGCACCUUGAAGUCUCCAAGAAAACUCGCGUUGCGUCAUAUUAUUAUUUUCAACGUCGCGACGUAUGCGACGUGUCGCUAGUAGGCAAAGCAGCUAUGAUUAUUAGCGCUCAUAUUUUGGAUCUACAUGUAUAUUUAAUAUAAUUAAAGUCGGUAUUUGUUACAGGGAGUCCAACGAAGUC